AUGGCUCAUAUCAUUCCUUUCAGAGAUUCGCACGUCGAGAACGAACGAAUAGGACGCGAUGCUGCAUUUGUGAUUCGGGAGAAUAAAGAGAUGAAUCAUGUCUCUAAGAAUAUUCCAAUAAAGUCGCCAAUCAAAGAGCAACAAGAAGAAGAGGAAGGGGGAAACGAAUUAGAGCCUUACGAAACCAUGCGCCACAAAGUUAAACAGCUCAUGCUCGAUCUCUUCCCUGAUCACUGCACCGAUAAUGUAAAGAUAUAUCAGAUGCGUGAUGGUCGACAUAACCGCAUCGUUGGCGUCAGGCUCUGCAAAAAGCCGCCAGGAGCUCCUUGGUAUUCGAUUCAGGCUAUACGUGAAAUGAUUCAGCCAUGUCUUACGGGUCGAAAGAAAUGUACAAGCCAUUCAAGGCAAUUCGUGUUACGAAUUCCGCGCGAUCCUACUCAAAACAUGCACCAUCAAGUCACUACCCUAGCAUACUUGGGCUAUAAGCUUGGAAAUCCUGUCCCCAAAGUCAUCGUUUUUGACGCAGGCGCAGAGAAUGCUCUAGGCUACCCAUACAUGCUUCAGGAGUGGCUGCCCGGUCAGCCUCUCAGCAAUCUAUGGCCCACGCUAAACCAAGCACAGCAACUCAGUGCCAUCCGAGCUAUCUCCAACAUCAUUCUAAACAUAAGAAAGAUCAAGAACAGGUGUCCUGGCCUCAUUAGCACCCGCAACACCACCUACGAUCUCAAGCACGAUAUCAUCAGUACCGAGCCAAUACCUGUCCCUCGCACCCGAGCUACUACUCAUUCGACGGGCGUCAGCACCUCACUUUCCGAACCGCAGAGUACAAAAGAUUUCUUGCUCAACCUCUGCACCCGUCAACGUGAGUAUGCUAUCACGGCAAAACAGCCCGCUUGUGACGAUCUCUGGGUUAGGAUCAUCAAGAUGCUCGAGAUACUACACGCUUUAGCUUUCAUCCCUGAUUCUUUGCCGUUCCAUCUCUACCACGGCAAUUUCAAUCCGCGCAACCUCCUUGCUGCCAUUACGUCGGAAUCGACUGUGGAAAUCACGGCUAUCAUGGAUUGGGACCUGGCACUCUUUGCGCCAGCUUUCCUGAGCACAAGCGCUCCGUCCUUCAUGUGGAAUGGUGAAGCAUUGGUUGAACCAGAAGAAGCAGGAUUGUUAGAAGCCAAGCGGACGUUCGAGAAUGUUGUUGGUGAGAGCUUUUCGAAGGAGGCGUACUGUUCGGAACUGGUGCUUGCACGCCGGUUGUGGCCAAUCCUGAUUACGGGGUUUACAAAUGGCAGAGACAUUUUUCUCGCGGAGGAAGUUGUGAGGGACUUUGAAAAGUUACAUCCAAUGACGUAG